CCCUCAGCGGCCUGGGCGGGGGACGGCCCGGCAGCUCCCUCAGCGGCGGCCCCCUCAGCGGCCUGGGCGGGGGACGGCCCGGCGGCCCCCUCAGCGGCGGCUCCCUCAGCGGCCCGGGCGAGGGACGGUCGCUUCCUGCCUGUUGCCCGCUCUGAGUGGACUCGUGCGGAACUGGUCCUGCUGCCCCUUCGCCGCCCCCACACUCGCUACAGCGGCUUGGAAGAGCAGGAAUGACUACCCCAAACAAGACACCACCGGGUGCUGACCCAAAGCAGUUGGAGAGGACUGGUACUGUUAGAGAAAUAGGCUCACAGGCUGUUUGGUCUCUUUCAUCUUGUAAGCCAGGAUUUGGAGUGGAUCAGUUACGAGACGAUAAUCUAGAAACUUACUGGCAGUCAGAUGGUUCACAGCCUCAUUUGGUGAACAUCCAAUUUAGAAGAAAAACAACAGUGAAGACAUUAUGUAUUUAUGCAGACUACAAAUCUGAUGAAAGCUACACUCCAAGCAAAAUCUCUGUCAGAGUAGGAAAUAACUUCCAUAAUCUCCAGGAAAUCCGGUGUCCAGUGGUUGUGAUGAAGAGGCUGGACUUAGGUGUUUUCUGAAAUUCAAUACCUGGCAAUCUCAACCUGCUUUGUGUGUGUGGAGAAAGCUUACAUACUGAGGAAGGAGGAGAUGCUAACUUGUCAUAGGACGGUUGUAAACUAAUGAAGCAAGAGAAUGUACUGCCUCAGAGUCUCGGAUCAAAUAUAUCUAAAGUGCAUUUUAAACUGCUUUCUCUGAAGAUGGAGUACUGACUUGUUACUGCUUUUAGAUUCCUGACUAGUCUCUAGGCACUUGGCUACAAACUAUUCCUCCCUGCUGCUUCUACAUUAAGUAAAGAUGUGUUUCUAACCCCUAGUUAUUCUUUGACUUCAGAAUGUCAAUUAAAAAUACUUGGUCUACUUUCUGCAAAGUACAUGUGAUGGUAAGAGAAGAGCAAAUAAGCUUUAGUUUCACAGAAUUUCAAAUUACAGUCUUUUGCUGGAUGCUCUGCUGUAAUAUUUAUUGAAUGUCUGUUAGAGACUUAACAACACAGAAGCAUACGUAGUGCAUUAAAAUUCAUUGCUUUAUGGAAUCCAGGUUUCCUUAUUGAUCUGUGCUACAGACUUCCUGAUGGUUUCAGAAGGCUUUUUAAUUUUUGUAGUAGCUACCCAAAGUGGUAGAAUAUACCUAUGAAAGGUUAGUGGUUUUCCUUGAGAGUUUCUUAUCUUCUUUAUAUGCUUGAAAGACUUGUUUAGGGAAGACUUGAAUAAUAAAGAGCAAGGUGCUAAUGGAGUAGUCCCUUUACUAAUCUUAAUUAGUCAGAACAAAGAAUCUUUCGCUUGCAAGAAGUCUUUUUGUAAAGUAAUUACAUAUAUGUGGUAAUAAAUUCUGUGAGACCAGA